UCUGACUGACGGCUGGCUUGUGACAGAAGGGUGGUUGGUUUAAAAUGGUUAUAAAAUAAAAUAAAAAUUCAUUGUUUGCGAUAGUUUUAUAUUAUUUAGCUAUGGAAUUUAAAGUUGAAAUUAAGAAAGAGUUUCUUGAAUAUAACCAAAAAGAUCUAGAGAGCCCGCUAAACACAUCCAUAGAUCUGGAAAACUUCAAAAAUGAACUUGAACUAGAAGAUAACUCCGCCAACUCAGAAAUGGGACUAAAAGCUGAAAUUAAGGAAGAGAUUGCAGAGGGUUGUCAAGGAUUUACGGAGAGUCAGCUAUAUACAUCCCCAGAUAUUAAAGACUUGGUUAAUAAAGCAGAUGAAUAUAACUCAGGUUUUUCUAAGAACGAAAUGGAAAUCAUGAAAACUGAACUUGCAUGCACAAUGGAACAACAAAUAAGUGCAAACACUGAAGAAACAACAUUAAAUAAUUACAUUUGUGAAAUUUGUUUUAAGCAAUUUAGCCACAAAAGUUUUUUGGAACGACAUAUAAAAAAGUACACUAAAGAAAAGGUUUACCAGUGUGAAAUCUGUUUUAAACAGUUUGCUGAAGAAAUAAAUUUGAACAUUCAUUUCAGGCUACACACUGGAGAAACGCUUUACAAGUGUGAAAUUUGUUUUAAUCAGUUUAUUACGGCAAUUGGGUUGAAAAGACAUUCGAGAGUGCACACUGGAGAAAAAACUCACAAGUGUGAAAUUUGUUUUAAGCAGUUUAUUUCGGCAAGUGAUUUGAAAGUACAUUUGAAAAUACACACUGGAGAAAAGCCGUAUAAGUGUAAAAUUUGUUGUAAGCAGUUUUCUCAGAAGGUUCAGUUAAAUGGUCAUUUAAGAUCGCACACUUGAGAAACGUUUUCAUCAUCAUCAUCAUCAUCAUCCAACCAAUUCACGUCCACUGCUGGACAUAGGUCUCCCUCAAUUGUUUCCACACUUCACGGUUUUGUGCUGAUUUUUGCCAGUUUUUACUAAUCCGCCUGAUAUCAUCUGCCCAUCGUGUAGGCGGCCUUCCUCUACUUCGUUUAUCUUCUCUUGGUCUCCACUCCAUCAGCUUUCGUGCCCAUCUUGAAUCUUUCAGCCUGGCGACGUGUCCUGCCCAGUUCCAUUUGAGCCUGGUGAUACGUUCUACAACAUCUGCGAUACCGGUUGUUUGUCUGAGAUCUUCAUUUCUUAUUUUAUCCUGUAGAGUUACGCCCAGCAUGGAUCUUUCCAUGCGCCUUUGAGCAACCCGCAUUUUCGACGCUGUUGCCUUGGUUAGAGUCAGUGUCUCUGCUCCAUAUGUCAUUACCGGUAGCACACAUUGGUCAAACACUUGUCUUUUUAAACCGAUCGGUAUACUGCUCCUAAAUAUGUCUCUCAGAGCUCCGUAGGCUGCCCAAGCAAGAGUUAAUCUUCUUUUUAUUUCGCAUGUUUGGUUAUCUCUGCCAAUUCUAAUUUCAUGACCCAAGUAAAUGUACUUUUCCACUAGUUCUACUUCUUGUUCGCGUAUAAUCAGCUGCCCGCUAGGAAUCAGAUUAGUCAUAAAUUUAGUUUUAGAAAAGUUCAUUUUCAGGCCUAUUUUCCAGCAGAUAGCGUCUAACUCAUUUAGCAUUUUCUUUACUUCUCCUAGGUCAUCAGUUAUAAGGACUAUGUCAUCUGCAAAACGAAGAUGAUUUAACUUUUCUCCAUCUAUUUUGAUCCCUUUAUUGUCCCAGUUGAGCAUCUUAAAGGCAUAUUCCAGAACAGUUAUGAAUAGUUUUGGCGAGAGUGUGUCGCCUUGUCUUACGCCGCGUUCUAUGCUUAUUUGUUUGGUUUUAUCAUGUAACUUAACACUCAUUGUUGCCUCUUUAUAAAUAUUAUAGAUGAGUGUACUGUAACGGUAGUCAAUGCGGCAUUCAUUUAGAUCUUCUAAAAUGCUAUCCAGCUCUAUCGUGUCAAAGGCUUUAUGAAAAUCCACGAAUGCUAGGACAAGGGGUUUAUUAUAUUCUAUUGACUUCUCAAUUAGUAACUUGACUGCCUGCAGAUGGUCGUUUGUCCCAAAGUUUGAUCGAAAUCCAGCUUGUUCUUUUGGCUGGUAAAAAUCUAGCUUCUUUUCUACUCUUGAUGUCACUACUUUUGUAAAGAGUUUGUAUAAGUGGUUUAGCAGGCUAAUGGGUCUAUAAUGUUCUAAGUCUGUCUUAUCUCCCUUCUUAUGCAAAAGUAUUGUUACUGCGUUUUUCCAUUUUUCAGGUAUCGACUUUUGAUGAAGGCAUAAGUUAAAGAGAUUUUUUAUUUUACCUAUAAGAAUGUGGCCUCCGUUUUUAAUGGCCUCUAUUACGACUCCAUCUUCACCUGGUGCUUUUCCAUUUUUCAUUUUUCUCAGUGCUUGAUGGAUUUCGCUAGUGGUUAUCUCUGGUAGUAUUUCGGAGCCUUGGUUUAUUAUUUUCUUUGAAACCGCUUCCCUCAGAUUAUUUUGAUUCAGCCUUUGGCUCCUAUAUAGUUCCAAAUAAAAUUCUUCUACGAUAUUUAGUAAAUCUUCUCUGUUUGAUGUUAUUUCGCUGUUUUUAUUUUUUAAUUUAUGUAUUUCGCAUUUUCCGUUGGUCAAUUUCCUUCGUAAAACUUUCAAACUUUUAUUUUCUUCUAUGGUUUUCUGGAUGCUUUGAGUUUUAUACUUCCUUAGAUCUUUUCUGAUUUCCUUUGAUACUUUCUUGUUGAUGUCUCUUAACGCACUUUUUUCAGUAUUUUCGCUUCCUCUCAUUUUACUUCGCGUUUUGAUUAGUUCUCUAGUUUCUGGGCUUAUUUUUUCAUCUCUCUUCUUUUUUGGGCAGUUUUUUCGUUGACUUUCUUCAAUGGCUCUAAUUAUGUUUUCAUUUAAGCUAUUUAUACUUUCAUCUGAAGUUGUAUUUCUUUCCAAAGCAGCGUUUAUAUGGUGUUGGUAUUUAUCAAUAUUUAAUGGGGGAGUCCAGGCUUGCAAGGUUUUCUUUUUUAUCAAACGAUUACGUUCUUUUUUGAGGUCUAUUUUUAUUGUGGCUCUUACCAUUCGAUGGUCACUUUCUGUAGUGAAUUUAUUUAGGACGCUCACGUCUGUGAUAAUCUGUUUUUUGUCGCUGAUAAUGUAAUCUAUUUCAUUUCUUGUUUUACCAUCAGGACUUUCCCACGUCCACCUUCUAUGUAGUUUUUUAACGAAAAAACUGUUCAUUUGGAACAAGUUAUUCUGUAGCAAAAAGCCUAAGAGUGUUUCUCCCCGCUCAUUUCUACCUAGAGUUCCAAAAUUUCCUAGUGAUGUCUCUGCUUCGUCUUCUUUAAGGCCUAAUUUUGCAUUAAAAUCCCCACACAGGAUUGUAAAGUGGGUGGGUGUGUCUUUUAGAGCUACAGAUAUAUCAUCAUAAAAGUCUUCAACUUCUUCGUCUGGAUGUUGUGUUGUUGGAGAAACGUUUUACAAGUGUGAAAUUUGUUUAAAGCCGUUUACUCAGAAACCUCAUUUAAAUGUUCAUUUAAAAUUGCACACUGGAAAAAUGUAUACAGUAUGGUGCAAAUGAAAGGAAUAAAUUCAUUAUUUCGUAAACCGAUGACUUUAAGAAAAAGUCCCGAAACAGGUCGAUUUUUAUUUUUAAAUUAUGAUAUUUUAGCAUAUAUAUCACACGAGUGACGUCAUCUAUCUAGGCGUGAUGACGUAAUCGAUGAUUUUUUUAAACGAGACUAGGGGUCGUGGGCUAGCUCAUUUGAAAGGUUAUUUAAUUCUCUAUUCGGUAAUAUCACAUUUGCAUAAUUAUUUAUACAGGGUGUACAAAAAAUAUAUUUUAAAUUAAAUUAUUUGACAAAAAAAGAAGAA